GUAGAUUGCACUUACUUAGAGAAUAUGGAUUAGCCACUGGAAAGUGGAUGGGAAAUUGCAGGUGAGCAAGAGGAGACAUGAAGAAAGAGGAGAAGAGGAAGUAAAGCAAAGUAAAGCAAAGCAAUGAGAUCAUUUGGGAUGGGAUGGCCAACGCAGCCCAUAAGAGUCACAUGAUUUCAUUUGGUUUGGGCUGACUUUGGAAAACAGGCUGUGCCAAAAGGAUGACCCCGAGUAUUUAUUUUAAAAAGAGGUCGUUUUUCUAUAAUCGCUUUCUUUCCUCUCUUCUAUUUCUUCAAUGUCAGUGUUUGAACACGACGAUUAUUACGCUCCACCGAGAUCUCGGCCACCUCCUCCUCCUGCUCACACUAGCGACUAUGAUUCAUACCCACUUCGAGACGUCCCAUCUGCCCCUUCUGUUGAAAAAUCAUUUGCUCCUCCAUACCAAAGUAGAGUGUCCCUGGCCGACGAUAACUCCUAUGGUGGAUGGAGAGGUCCUAGAGAUUCCAUGUCGGAUUUGAAGCUGACAGCCCAUCCCGGGUAUGACUCGGACGAAGAGGAUUUUGGACAAAUUCCACGAGAAAGGAAGAAGCGGACAUGUUUGGAUUUGAUGUGCUGCGGAUGUUGUACUUGCUGUCCACUGUGGGCACGAUGGAUGUCGUGUGGUUGUUUGAUCAUCCUUAUCGCCUUGGGUAUUACCAUUGGAGUGCUGGUAGGCACCUUCCAUAUGCCACAGAUUUCAUUCAACGGUAUUGAAAACGAGUCGUUCACCUCCUCGGCAACAGCGUUCAAUAUUUCGGCAAACUUGAUGAUAGGCAUCGAUAACCCCAACUUUGAGGCACCUACCUUUAGUUCUAUCAAAGCAACUGCCUAUUACCCUAAUAUCGCAAAGUCGGUUGGAGGAGGAGAGUUGAACGAUGUUCAUAUCAACGGCAAGGGAAUCACCAAUAUCACCUUCCCAUUCACCAUUAUUUAUGAUUCAACACAAGGCACAGAUUCUUCCAUGUUGUUAGAUAUUGCUACCAAAUGUGGUCUGACAGGUGGAGCAAAGCAAGACAUUACCAUCACCUAUGACCUCGCAUUGACGCUCAAGGUCGGCGUGAUUCCCAUCACCAUCACUCUACCGGAGAAGACCAGUUUCCCUUGUCCCUUGGAUGUAAGUUGUUGGUUGGCAUGGAUAUGAGAAAGGACCCUGAUCUAACUUGUUCAUUUUACAGAGCUCUGCAUUAGCCAAUCUUACCCUACCUGGUGGUUUGACUGGAAGUUUACCUAGCAGUGCUUAAUACAUGCAUGCAAAAAAAAGAAAAAAUCUCUCUGUAUA